AUAAAGAGACCCAAACAGACUCCAACAGGAAACAAGGAACAGAGAAUACAUCUUCAGGGGGAUUAUAGGCUUGUUUUGCCUAGAUAUUUAAACAACAUUGGCACCCUUAAAAUCAGAGUGCUGCUUUGACUCUGAAUUUUAAUAACGAUGGACGAGCCUCAGGACUUUUUUACCCUAACUUUUUAUUAGGCCAAGUUUGGAAUAAUAAUACCGCUGCCUAUUGUUUUGCCGGAAUACUAUACCAUAUUUGGAGUAUUAUACAGCCCUCUUGUAUUCGGAUGAUACUACAAAUCAUUACUGCAAACUUUCAGAAUCGUGUUGGAACUUUUUCUGCACUUUCAUACAAAUCAAUUUGCCAAUUACCCAGUUUACCUGAUUUCUGAAGUGAAUCAUCGGUAUCACAUCUCGCUUGCCAGGCUGUACCUGUAAUAGCAACACGGAUCGCUUAACGCCUGUCGCUAACUGACCGCGUUGCCUCAUAAACGGGGGUUGGUACCGUGUAUGUUCUUUCUCCUUCUGUUUUAAAGAGUUUCUUAAAUCUGGACGACAGGAUUAUCUACCAUCUGAAAUGCUUCCCCUGUCCCCGCUCCUACUUCUUGUUUUCCCCGCUGCGCUAUUUGUGGUCGCGCAAGGCGCCGGGGACCUCCAGGGCUUCACCUUCCCCGGAGGGAGUGCAGGAUUCGACCCAACAGAUCCCUGCAUGGUGGUUUAUCCACCAUGUAUGAGCGAGGCGGAUCGCUACAGCCUGGAAGCCCUUCGGAGUAUCCAUCAGAUGAUGGAUGAUGACCAAGACGGAGGGAUUGAAGUGCAGGAGAGUGUGGAGUUCAUCAUCGAGGACAUGAAGCAGCAGCAGACCAACAAACACAGCCACCUGCACAGAGAAGACCAACAUAUCACAAUUGAGGAGCUAUGGAGGGGUUGGAAGUCCUCUGAAGUACAUAACUGGACUCAAGAUGAUGUGCUUCGCUGGCUGAAGGAUUUUGUUGAGUUGCCCCAGUAUGAAAGGAACUUUAAGGACUUUAAGGUCAAUGGAAAUACUCUCCCCAGGAUUGCAGCCAAUGAGCCAUCAUUUCUGAGUGGCCAAUUGAGGGUUCAGGACCAGAGAGACAAGCAGAAGCUCAACAUCAAAGCUCUGGAUGUUGUUUUGUUUGGACCGCCUACGCGUCCCCCUCAUAACUAUAUGAAGGACCUAUUGCUCGUUGUAUCGGUGGUGAUGGGAGUUGGAGGCUGCUGGUUUGCUGGGACCCAGAACAAAGCCAGUAAAUGCCACAUAGCCAGGAUGAUUAAAGAUUUGGAAAGUCUGCAGAGGGCUGAACAAAGCCUCCUAGAUCUGCAGGAACAACUGGAGAGAGCACAGGAAGAAAAACGUAACGUUGCAGAGGAAAAACAGAACCUGGAGGAGAAGAUGAGGGAUGAGAUCAUGGACGCGCAAGAGGAGGCCUACCGACUGCACGAGCUGAGACAGGGAGCUGUCAGUGAACUCAGCCGUCUGAGAUAUGCAGAGGAAGAGCUGGUGCAGGUCCGUGGAGCACUAAAGCAGGCAGAGAAGGACAUGCAGGCUAGCUCAAAUGCCUCGGAGGCCCUCCAGCUGUGGUUGCAGCUGACACAUGAGGUAGAGGUCCAAUACUACAAUGUCAAGAGGCACAGAGCAGAACUACAGCUGGCAAUCGCCAAGGAAGAGGCGGAGAGGAUUAAGAAGAAGAGGAGUUCUGUGUUCGGGACUCUCCAGGUCGCCCACAGUUCCUCUCUAGACCAAGUUGACCACAAGAUCCUGGAGGCAAAGAAUGCCUUGUCUGACGUAACAGCCUGCUUACGGGAGCGCCUCCAUCGAUGGCAGCAUAUAGAGCGCCUCUGUGGCUUUCCAAUUAUUAGGAAUCCUGGCAUAUCCAACCUCACUGCUCAGCUUUACUCAGACUCAAUUGCCCUGGGGUUUCCAAGGGUGACCCAGCCAUCAUGGUCAUGCCACAGCUCCGUUCAUGGAUCUAUGGAGGAUCUGUUAACAGAGCCUGCUUCUCCAGUCGUACAACAUAUUCCAGUUCCAGUGUCACCACUGAAAGCCUCUCCUCGAACCCGGGGAUCCUCCAUAAUUCGGUCACGUCGUCCUGGCGUCACUCAACCACCGGCCGCCAUGAUCUCCCCGGACCCCGACCUUCUAAUCCCUAUCAGAGCCCCGUACCCCAGCGAGGAAGAGGCGCACUUCCUGAAAACUCUAAAGAAACAAGGUUCCCAAGAGAUGUUCUACGACACAGAUUAUAUGACCUGCUCUCAAAAGCUCUAUCAGGAUGAUAUUGAGUUCCUUUCUGACAGCUCCAUUGCAAAGCCCUUGACUAUAGAGGUAGAUGCUGAUGUUGAAAGUCCAGUCCGCAAAACUACUGUAGAAGACCUUGAAGCUUCUAUAGAUUUUUCCUGCAGAAAGUCGGCAAAAGAAAAAAAACUGGACAGUUCUUUGGAAACCCUGACUUUGAAAAUGUCCAAAGAAGAGUCUUUAAUAGAGGGUACAUCCAGGAACAAGUCCAGAGACCGGAGUGAAGUUUCCAUGGAUGUUGCAGUUAGAAAGGUGCUUUCCAAUGAGUUGAAUGCAGAAUUCAGGAAAGUAGAGAGAGAUACUAUGAAGGAUUUGAUUGACACAACUUCAAGGAAUGUAUAUAGAGAAGUUAGUGAUUUACCUCUGGAUGUGAGAAAGAUUAUUUGGAAUGAAGUAGAUGCAACAACAGAUGUGACACAUAGAAAGAUAUCAAGAGAUAUGAUGGGGGCUUCAAUGGACAGUGCAUCAAGAAAGAUAACACUGGAUGACGUUGAGUUGGACUCGGUGUCCAGAAGGAUUACAAGAGAUACAAUGGGAAUGUCCCUUGACACAAGUUCUAAAAAGGUUCCAUGGAAUAAAGAAGACUGCCAGCUUGAUACCUCUAUGAGGGCAUUAGCAAUGGACAACAUAAUUGAAGUCACGAGAGCAACACCAAGAAGGAUAUCUAGAGAUGAGCUGGAGUAUUCCACAGAUACUGCUUCUUUAAAAAUGCUACCCAGAGAGAGAUUUGAAGCACUUAUGGAUACCUCAUUCUCUACAGAGAAGCAAGACUUUGGUUUAGGAUUGUCGACAAGUAAGAGGGUACUAAGAGAUGAACUUGAUGUGACUGCUGGUUCUCCCAGAAGAAGAAUACCAAGAAUGCCAAGAGAUGAUAUUGACACAACCACAGACACUACCACAGGAAAGACAUCCUGGGAUAGAGUUGAUGUACCAAUUGAUAUACCUAAACAAUCAAUACUGAGGGAAGAAUUGGGAGCAUCAGGAUCAAGUUCAUAUCCUGGUCGAAUUGGACAGCCAGACCUUAUGGUAGCCUCACAGGUACCAUGGAAGUCAUCAUCAGAAGUUUUGACUGGCCCUUUGAGCCAGCUUGUGUAUGAUGGAAUCCUUGAGAAGUCCUGUCAGUCUGUGGCUAAAAGCCCAACCAGCCUCUCUGCUUCAACACCCAACCUGCCCCAGAGCAGGCUACCAGCAGAUGUGGAGCUACCAUUGUCACUGCCAACGAUUGCUUUCCCAUCUCUUUCAUUGCACCCCGAGACUGGAGAUGAGAAGAACAAGCAUAAGGAAAAGAGCAAGAAAUCUUUAAAGUUGAAAAAUCUUUUUAAAAAGAAAGAGUCAACAACAGAGAAGCCUCAAAGUGGUCUGCAAAAACUCUGAUAAUCAGUUUAGAGUGUUUUAUUUUUUUAUUGAAUUUGAAAACGAGUUUCAUAACCUCAUUGAUUAUAUUUGGCAUGGAGAGCUGAAGUUUAUUUAUUUUCUUUAUUUUAUAUAAGUCUUGGGUAGAAAUAUGGUUGAUACCAUGGUAUUUUAGAUGCAGAUUUUGGGGCUUGCCUAUGAUCGAAGGAUUACAUUACUUUUAAGCUUAUGCUUUGUUCUGUACAACUGACACAAUGCAUUCAUUAAUACUAAACCUCAAAUGAAAACAUUUACUGCAGUAGAGCAACUAAGUUUGAUUUAGUGAUCUUGUAAUCUCACUUUUUUCACCCCGAUUCGAGUUUGAUGCCUUUAAAUAAUGAGUAUUGAGAGUAUAACGUUUUUUUAACUUAAAAUAUUUUAAUUAGUUGAAUUUAAUGACCCAAGAAAAACUGGUUUUAUAUUUGUCCAUUUCUCACAGUUUUUUAAAUGGGGCAUGUACUAUUUUUCUAGGCUACAAUUAUGAUUUAUAAUGUUAGAAACAUAAUCUGAUUACAGUUGUGGGGUUCUUUGGUUAUGAUAUGACCUAACCACACCCUCGCAGAGAGUUAUUUGGGUUUAGACUGUUAAAUAUAACUAUGUAAGGAUGUUUUUUUUCCCUGAUACUUUGUAUUGUAUUGUUUCUUAUUUAGUGUUGAUGAUAUAUUGUUUCUCAGGAUUUAGUUGGGAUUUAAAACCACGUUUUAAUUGGGCUUAAAUAUGUUUAAAAACUGAAAAGGUCUGCACUACAAAAAUAUGGCCUGCAGCAAAUUAAUAUUAAUGUUGUAUCAAAUAAGAAAGCAAUACUUUAAAUGUUUUCUUAUAAUAUUUUGUAAAGAUGGAUGCUGUUUUUUUUUAUUUUUAUGGGAAAGUUUUGGAUAGUUUGUAGCAGAAUGAUUUAGAAAGGUUAGAGAGUCACUUAUUGUCUUCUUUUAUCUGUAAAACAAUUAAAUGUUCAAAUACCAGCACUUUAGGUGUGGCCAGCCUACAGAUUGUGGCUAAAAUAGAACAAAAUAACAUGUGUUUUAUCACAUUGUUUUUAUUUAUUUGGUAGGCUUGGAAAUGGGUUUACCAACCCUAAAGGCUUAUUUAAGACCGAUAUCUCCCAAAAAGUGUAACCUUGUGUCGAGGCGACGCAGCCAUAAGGGCUGUGAUUGGUCCGCUAAAACGACAUACGUCAUUUCCGUCUUUUCACUUUUCCCCAAAACAUUGCGCCCCCUACCGCGUCUGCGUGGUCGUUGCGUUAUGUCGACGUUGACGCGUGGACGCAGCCGUGAACAUUUAUAUUUCUGCGUCGGGUUUACGUGACGCAAUGCAAUUAAUUGCCACAACGAUAGGGGGCGCAAUGUUUUUUGUAAAGACUGCCCAAGAUUCUUUUGACGUCUAUCGUAGUCGCUCGUUGUAUUUGUUUGCCAGACGUUCACCAGACGUUCUUCUGCUUGGUCCAUUCUAGCUUCUUUUUUUAUGCCGUUCUUCGUGGAUUGUAUGAAUUGAAAUCCGGGGGAAAGCGAAAUGACGUUUGUCGUUUUAGCGGACAAAUCACAGCCCUUACGACUGCGUCGCCUCGAUACAAGGUUACAAUUUUUGGGAGGCGCACGCAAUGACGCAAGGAGGGCCCGCAACGACGCAACGGGUCGGUAAGGUACCUUGCGUUACGUAGACAUUGAACCAUAUAUCGGUCUUAACAGAGCCUAUAUUGACCCAUUUAUGAUCCGUCCUCAUUCUGGUCCUAUGGAUCGGCCUGGGACAACCCACACAUUUUGAAAUGUUCUCCUUUGAUUUGCAAAAUACUUAUGAAAAGUUUGCUUGCUAGCUGUUAUUUGGGUGCAUUUUAAUGCAUAUUUUGAACUUUUAUAUUGUUGACAAGCAUACAAUUUUUGUUCAAAAUACUCAGAUAGUAUAAUUGAUUUCAAUAUUAUUUUUCUGUUUUGUUUGUUUUGGAAUACCAGAAUAAAAUGUUUUCAAUUGUCUUUUAAAGGACAAGCACUUAAUUUGAAUAUGAAUGUAAACAUUCAAAGGUCUUUUGUUGAUAUAUUAACAAGUGAUGGAAGAGGAGCUGAAAUAAGGAAAUGAUGUGCAUCGUUUCUAGUAAGCAUCUUAACAUUGCCAGCAUGGCUAUGAAAGCAAUAUGACAUAAUACUUUGCGGCUUAAGAAUUAAUAUAGUUUAAAUUAAAUAUGGAUUGUCUCAUGUAUACAUGUUUUUUAUUUAAACUAAUAACUAAAUAAAACAUAUGGCCUAUGCACCUAAAUUCCAGAAUGCUUAGAAAUAGAACCCUUGAAAAUGUAGGUUUGAGCCUUUGAGAAAUCCUAUUCAUGAACUUUGGUAGGAAGAUUACAAGAAAUAAUUGAGUUUGAACUGUUGAGCAGAGCCUUUUCUGGUGUUUUUUGUUGUAGGUUUCUUCUCCACAAGAGGUCAGGAGGGGAUUAGCCUGAUAUUUGACAACCAGUAAUCACAGUGAAGGUGUCCACCAACACCUUCAUCAGACCACCAGCCUGCAGCUCCAGCCCGUCUGCAUGUUGAGCUCUGCAAGCGUAGGAGAGGCUGUUGUCACUGUUGGUUUCCUGUUAGGCUUUACCCGUCACUUGAGCCACACACUUUGGUUUGUGCUCAAAUUCAUUGUGCACUCUUUGUCUUGUUACUUUAUGUCACAUGUUAUAAAAGCAUACAUAGAUAAUGAACUACAAUAUGUAAGUCAAGAAUGUGUUUAAACAAUGGUUUAUGCCUCU